AUGCUGAUGAAAAACAUCGAUCUUACACGUGGGCUCUCAAAUGGUUCGCGAGGGGUUGUCACGAAAUUCUCAAAGAAAGGAUUUCCAAUGGUCAAGUUUUCUGCAACACACGAAGAAAUAGAGGUGACACCCAUCCGUUUUGCGAUUCGCAUUCCUGGUCAUGAUGAACCAGCCUGCCGUCGCCAACUGCCGCUUCAGCUAGCAUGGGCCAUUUCAAUCCACAAGUCUCAAGGGCUCACCCUUGACGCAGUGGAAGUGAGCCUUGAAAGGUACUAUGAAUCAAUCAAAGAAAAUGCUAAGAAUGAGGCUGAGGAAGAGGAUUUUAUCGUACGGAAGCGUCGUAAAUUGUCUAACGAGUUCCCUAGUUGA